AUUAAGGCUUGAUUCGUGUUCGUCCGCUGGCAUAUCGCACCUCAUUCUGUACCACAGUACAGCUUUCCCGAUAAACACAAUCACCCCUACUUCCAGACGCACAUUAAGAUCUCCCAAUGGCAACCAUUGAUGCCCAGGACCUUAGAGAAAGAAUUGGGCGCUUUCGAGUUCUGAUUAUAGGGAGAAGAAACGCAGGCAAAACGACCAUCCUUCAGAAGGUCUGCAACACCACGGAUCAACCAGAAAUUUACGAUGCUAAAGGAAACAAGAUCGAUGCUGCUAUCGUGAAUGCCUCGCUCAAGCGUGGAAAUCACGACAUCACGAACGAGAUGAUAUUCAAAAGCACUCCCUAUUUCGUCUUUCACGACUCGUGCGGUUUCGAAGCGGGCACUGAAGAAGAAUUCGAAAAGAUGAAGAAAUUUGUCUCAGAACGCACGCACGCGAAGAAAUUAGAGGAGCGUAUCCAUGCUAUCUGGUAUUGUAUUCCAAUGGGUGACCGGAGUCGACUAUUCCAGCAAUCAGAGGAGAAGUUCUUCUUGCAGUGCGACACUGGGCGCGUGCCCGUGGUCGUGGUGUUCACCAAGUUCGAAGCUCUGCGUCCAGUCGCGUAUGGUCAAAUCAAGAAGCAACUACAAGGGAUAUCAAAAGAAGAAUGCUCAAAAAGGAUUACCCAACGCGUCGAAGAGCUGUUCUUGAACACAGGUGUCUUGAAUAAGUUGUGCAAACCUGAAAACCGUGCCCAUUAUAAGUCCUAUGUACGCUUGGAGAAUAUGAGCCAACCAAAUACAGACUGCAGCACUCUACUGGAAUGCACCACUCUCACACUGGACAACGAAGAAUUGCGGUUGUGCUUGCUGUCGACACAACAAUCGAACCUGGAGCUGUGCAUCAAGUGUGCUGUCAUAACACUGAUCGAUCGUACGCAUCAGCUAUUCGGGCGAAGCAAUUAUGACGACUAUCAGUAUGACAUUGCUAAGUGGUUUGCACACAUCAAAUAUGUAAGUGCCUUGAUGAGUCCUCAACCCAUGCUCAUGAUCCCCAUGCCUCGCUGUUACUCGCCUCUCGACAGAAGAAAGUGCGUACCUUUGAUGGUUUCUCAUCAUCAAUCCGUGCUGACAAUUGUUGCUGCUCACCUGUUGACAGGAGUCAUAUAUCUUGUUGCUAUUUUUUGGCAGGUGACCGAAAUCGAGCGAGAUGACAUCAUCCGUGUCCUUCGGCCUUUGGCUGCGAAGGAAUCACUCUCCACUGCUGCUGUGAGCAGAAUCAUUCAGGUUGGCCUUGCUACUAUUAUCGUCCUCGAAUACUCCGCCUUUCUCCCGAACAACAAGAAGGAUUUGAAGCCCAUCGAGCUUGCUGUGGCCUACUACCUAAAAUCUCCGACGGCUGUCGUAGUGGAGAAAGGAGCGGAAGAGAUUUCUCGUGGAGGCUACGACAGAGAGGAACUGGGGAAGAAGAUUCUUGAGUUCAUUCUUGAAAAUCGCUUGCCAAAGGACUCGAUGACAGAAAAAGUAGAUGAUGCUUAGGCCAAGUUUCCUGUUUUUCGAUACGGUUUUCCCAUGCUAUUUGCUCAUGUUGUUUGUGUACAAUACCAAGCACGCCUGUUUCCUUGUUUCUGAUGCUCUUUCUCAUGUCAUGUACUAGUGCUGUAGACUGUAUCAGGUUUCAACACCCGUUUUUGGAUCUCAUCAUGUCGCGUUCUGUUUUGUGCUAUGGAGACUUAGGCUCGUAUUAGUGAAAUGAUCGCUGUUGAUUCUUA